AUGAGAGAGGCAGAAACACAAUAUAUUCGCACAAGGAGCGAAACUGUGGUAUGUUAAAUUUAACCCCUUUUUCACACAUGGAUGGUUGUAUGUUUCUAUAUCUACAGAGUAAGCGAAAUGAGUUAAUAGUGGAUCCAUAAUUAAUACCUUUAUACAUAAAGUUAAAAUUAGGUUACUUGGUGCAUGACACAGGGGAAGUACGGAAUAUAUCUUUCACUAAGCUCAAGGCUCUUCUUUCAUUUCAGUUGGAUGCAAUGGUGAGGGCCAGAAACGCGUACCAAAACUGGCACGCAGCCGUCCACGGCGAUGUGGCCCAACUUCUGCCUCUCAGGCAAGAGAAUAUAAAGGCGUUCUGCGCAGACCUGGCUAAAGCCGGUUAUGCGCCCAACACAAUUAUCCAGCUAUAUUUAGCUGGCUUGUGUACUUGGGUAAGUUGUUUUCCUUUCUUAGCCUUUUCAAAAAACGUUAUUUUACCCUACUUAUAUCUCCUUCCAUUGACAUGUCUACAAAGUACAUUAAAAAUUACAAUAGUAUUGCACAGCGAAAUCCCUAUUGCAUCAUUUGAAACUCGUUUAAGCAUAAACUUAUCGUUGCAACACAGAUUAAUAACAACAUUUAUUUUCAUUUCAGCAAAUGGCCAACAAUUUGCCAUCGCCAAGACGGGAGUUUCCCGCCCUGGCCAUGACAGUGAAGGCCUAUUUGAGAAGGUUCGUGGGCAUUGGUACUCACAUGAAGAAGGAGGCCCUGUUCCCGCAGGAUGUCGAACACUUGAUCGACACCUGCGGGAUUGACACGCCCCAGCAGCUACAGCGUGAGCAAAAUUUCAUUUCCUAGUACUUUUGAGUAAAGAUAUGAUCACUGUGAUUGUUUUACAGGCGCAUAACAGAAACACUGGGAUAGCCCUCGCACUCUUUCAUCCUUCAUGCUCACUUUGGCCCAAUUGCCCUUUGUUCUACAAAGUCUCAGUCUCAGUCUGUCCAAAACCUCAUAUUUUUUCGAUCUUUAAAUCUUAGUCGCCUUCAUCAUUUCGGCCUCGUUCCACUCUGGAUGUCGGCAAGGGUCGCUGACCCGAAAUAAAAGAAGGCCUUUGGCCAACGAGCUCUUAGAGGAGCUCGGUAGUCCACCUCCGGUGAGGGAGUCGAUGAGGAUAGGCCAACUUUCCUUUUUGUAAGUAUAAAAUAUCAGGGUCACGAUAAUUUGAUUAAAUCAGUUUCGGACAAUGAGUUAGUUCCCUUCUUCGAUAAUGUACUCUCUUUAUUUCCUGACAUUCAAUAAUUCAACUUGACUAUUGUUCUUACGUUCAUGCAGAAAAGACGACGAUGACAACAUGAAACUCACCAUUGAGUUUCAAAAGGAGAAAUAG